GGGCAAGGAAUGGGCGGGGCGGAGCGCGGGGCUGUGUUUGUGGGCGGGGCCUGGCUGCUGUAGUCGCUCGCAGACCGCGGGUCAUGUACACAGUGUGAACGGCGCGGUGCGGUCCUGGAUGUCUCGCUCCAGUCAUGGGCUCCUUCCGUUCAGCAGACGUGCGCCAGUUACUGCACAACAAGUUUGUCGUUGUCCUCGGAGACUCCAUUCAGAGAUCGGUCUACAAAGACCUGGUGAAGCUUCUUCAGGAGGACACGUUCUUGUCUGAAGCCCAGCUGAAACGCAAGGGGGAGAUGAGUUUUGCCAAUGACACUCUGGUAGAAGGCGGCAUGUUGACCGGAAUGCACAAUGGGACCACUUACCGAGAAGUGCGGCAGUACCGGACCGGCCACCAUCUUGUCCGCUUCUACUUCCUGACCCGCGUCUACUCCGAUUACCUGGAGAGCAUUCUGUCAGAUUUCCAGAGCGGCCCCCAACCGGAUGUGGUGAUAACAAACUCCUGCGUCUGGGACCUCAUGAGGUACAACCACGAUCCACUGGAGGCCUACAAGACCAACCUGGACGUCCUCUUCCGGCGCCUCAAGGUGGUGCUGAGCCCUGAGUGCCUCCUCAUAUGGAGCAUGGCCAUGCCGGUCGGAUACAAAGACCACGAAAUCCCAGAGUACACUGCACACAACCUGCGGGGGGACAUUGUGGAGGGGAACUUCUUCAGUGCCAGUCUGGCAGACUUCCACAGGCUGGACGUGCUGGACAUGCACUAUCACUUCCGUGGCAACCUUCGCCUAAGAUGCCGGGACGCCGUCCACUGGAACCAGAUAGCGCAUCGGAAGUACACCCAGAUCCUGCUGAGCCACAUCUCACAGGCCUGGGGGGUGGAGGCACCAAAGGGUGACAAGCGGAAAGCCUCUUCUACAGUUCGCACUGCGCCUCCUCACUCUGUUACCAUGAGAAAAGAUCCCUAUCCCAAGCUGCACCCCAGAAUCAAAGAGCCAGAGCGCUGCGGCCAGGGGGUUGAGUACAUACCGGGAUACACAUCUUUUGAUGGGCCCAGCAUUGAUGUCAUUCAUGGUGUCCUGUGCCCCGAUGAGCAGCUAAUCAACUCAGAUGCUUCUUCCCCCUUUGUGACCGAUAGUCCGCUACUGACUGCUAACAUAACCCCCGGCUACUUCCCUCCUUCAGGUCCCCCGGUCUCCGGCCGCUCCUUUAUCGGAAGGAGCUUCAUCCUUCCCAAUGUGUCGCCAACCUUGAGCUUCACGCCGUAUCCCAACCACUCCCCGUACUCGCAAGAAGACUGGAACAUGAAGAUCCCAUCCAGGAGGCCUCUGACCCACAGAGGGGACCGGAUCCACCCCUACAACCGGCCUUCAAUGUAUCUGCCACGGAUGUACUGACCGCGACCGGCUGUAUCCUCCGAGACCUAGGCCUCCAAAAGUGUGGACUUUCGUAUGUUGCAAAACUACAAUUCCCCGCAUGCCCGGACAGCCAACGGCUGUCCGGGCAUGCUGGGAGUUGUAGUUUUGCAACAGCCGGAGGUCUACACUUUGAAAACUGCCGUAGGAGCUUCUGACGCGUUUCAGGGUCUCAGUUACUUGCACUUUGUUUAUGUUUUUGUGUGUUUUUUUUGCACUUUUCCCUUGUUUAUAAUAUGGCGGUAAGGAAGAAGAAGUUGCCUCCGCUUGAGUUCUACUAAUUUGCACACCAAAGAAAGUAUUCAUACCCCCCUUCUCAAUAUUGCUACUGUAAAAAAGGGGUGUAUAUAUAUAUUUAUUUUUUGUUACAUUGCAACUUUAUGCACUUUUUUUUCUAUUAAGGUUGAUUAGUUAUUUUUUGUGUUUUUGUUACGUUUCAGUUUAAAUGAUCAGUCAUGUGACUGUGGGGUUGGCUGAGCUGCACGCCUGCCCCUACAACCUCCCCGGUGGAGAUGUCUCGUAUUGGUUUAUAUUGAUGUACAAGUUUUUGUUUUUUUUUGUUUUUUUUCUUGUUCUCUUUUAUAUAAAUGUAUUUGUUAUUCA